UAAACCAACGAGAGAACUACUGUUAACUGUCCUAAAUCCAUUGUAACCUAGAGUCCACUGUCUACAGUUUUAAAUAAUUCAUCCAUAGAGAAGAGCACUGGGCAUGAAAGUUCCAUCACUCUCUGAGCUGAUUGAUGAAAUUAUUGCUUGUGUAAUUAAGAUCUUAAAAAUUGCUAAAGAGAUUAUACGGUUGAUCAUGCAGUCAUACCUACAUGUUGAUACAGCACAAAAUGUUAGUACACAACAGGAACUAGCUGUUUCAGUUCCUUCUGGGAAUGAUUCCCUUCCAGAUCUCUCUAAGCUCGGAGACCUGGAACCGAUACUGUCAGUAAAGGAAGGUGAAAACGUAAUGUUUGAUGAUGAUGAUUCCAUGGUAGACAUAGAGGGCUUAAACGAAGCUAUAAUGUUUGUUAUAAAUGAUGAUUUAGAGAGAAGCUAGACUCAGCUUUC